AUGUCUUCAGGACAUGUAGUUGUGCGCCUGAAGUCAGGCUCCGAUGGAGAUGCGACACAUAUACCAGCCCCUGGUGUGCACACGCAAGUAAAUCCUCCAACCCUAUAUCUCGAAAAAACCGCUCAGCAGUGGAUGGAGCGCCGUGGAGAAGCUCGCCCAGGAGUCAAGUAUAUAUUAGAAAGGCUACCAGCUGGCUAUACCAUGUGGCAGCGUCCACGCCCAGGCAAACCAACAACCGUGGAUAAGUAUCUUUUCGGCCAUCCUGACCACAAGAGAUUCGACUCGCCCAAUCGCUUCUAUCCCCACUUCGAACAUCUCAUGGACAAUGGUGGCAGUAAUAUCGGUUGCCCUUGCACUGUUUGUGCUGGUAGCGCUGGACUACUUCUGAAGAACUCGUCAAGUCGAAAUACCUCAAGCAGUGUCUCUUCUUCCUCCAGAGCUCCAGCGCCUCGUAUAUCGAAACACUUUUCGACUGAUCCUCAGCAACCCAUCUCAUUCGUCGGCCAGCCAAUCAAAGAACGUCCAAAACCAACCAGCUCCGGCUACGUCGACGAAGAGGGUACGCCUGACGUCUAUCGCAAUCUCAUCGAAAAGCUUCGACGGCACGGAACCAUCGACGAGAAGAUUGAAGAGCCGCUGAGUCCAGACUGGCUGGCAGAAAAAGAACUUCUGCCUGCCCUGCUACAAGAGCUACUCCAUAAUGAGCAGUGGAAGCCACGUCAAGGGGACAUCCUCUUGUUUGUCAGAAAUCUCCCAGAGCAUGUUAGCAUCGUCCGAAACGAAGACACAGGUGAGUAUCAGCUGUACAAUGAAGAUACCAAUGAGUGCGUGGGAACACCAAUUUGGGAAGCUGGUCUAGUCGGACAGACGCCCGUCAAGGACCAGAUAGCAUCUGAUAGUGUCAUCUACUCCGGUCUACGCCUUGAACCACUGCCAAAUCUCAAUGAUCCAGACAAAUCCCUGUCCAAGCGUUAUAGAUAUGUUCCGCUACGGCAGACGCGACCAUUCAUACUGUGGGAGCAGUUUUUGGGUAACAUUCCUCAAGAAGACUGGCACCCCACUAUACACAACGCGUUGACAGUCACCUCUACCCUGUCUCUUGUGGGCAAGCAUCGUUUCCGAGGCACCUGGCCAGAUGCUUCUAUCUACUGCCAUGCGAUGUACCUCGGCCAUGAGCUAAUUGCCGUAGGAGACACGGUACGACUUCUACCAAGCUCUUCUUCUAUGCACGAUGAGAAUGGAAACUGCGAUAUCAUGUUAAUCAAGUCAAUACGAAUCAAGUGGAGCAAUCUUGACAAGGCCUCGAAUAACGAUUAUGAUGAAGGUCGACCGUACAACUCGGCCGUAUGGUUAUAUGGCACCGCCCUCACGAGUGAUGCAUUACGCUCUGAUAAACGAUGGCUCUCUGAUGCUACUGAUGGGCAUUCUCUGAAAGCCGCUGCUGGGUAUUCGGAUUGGUACCCGUUGCAUCCUCCAUCAAAAGAGCUUGCUAUUCCUCACACUCGUUGCAUCGGACGAGUAUAUGAGAGAGACGCUAUGGCCGCUUUUCUUGGUGCAGAAAACCAUGAUCUGCUAGCUUUGGGUACGGAUGUCGGCGGUAGUGGCCUCCUUAAAGCUCGGAACUUUUCCAGCAAGCAUGAUCAACGAAUCGUCAAAGACGACGCCACCUGGUACUGGGGUGAUAACCGUGCAGACUCCUUAGGUCUUCAGACUAUCAAUGGGCUUGACGUUUCCAAAUUCGAUCAGUUACGCGACGUGAAGGAGUUGAGAAAAAAAAUCAAAAUUCUCGAAGCCGACAAGGGACCCGCAGCAAGCUCGAGGCAGCCUGCUACUGUUAAGACUUCUGCCAGAAAUAUACGCGACUUCAUGGCUGUCGAACUACCUCCGACGCCAAAUAGGAACAUUGCAAACAGAACUCUCAACGGAAGCAGCAGUGUGACCAGCAGCUUCGACAGAGAGGCAGGCAUGAAUAUGGGCCAGAAGCGGAUGCGUGCUGACAGCACAAGUGACGAAGUGGGAGAACACGAUGUCGAGAUUCAUCAGUCUACUGUGGUCGUCGACCACAUCGCUGCCCGAAGGAAGAAGAAGCCCACAGUCCAGGUCGUCAUUGAUGAUUGA